AGCCUCUCGACAUGGUUGGUGGACGUUCAUCUGAGCUAAGAGGAUAACAACAAGCAGCAAGAAGGAGCACAGACAUACAAAAGCAUAGAGAAAUUCCUGCAAAACAAAAACAUAGAGCAAGAGAAAUCCUACCUAGCAAUGGCAGUAGUCUCCACAGCGCACCAACCAUUUCUCCAGGCAAAUCAAGCCCCCAGCGGCAACAGACUCCAGAAGAACGCUGUCGCCUGCUCACCGAGAGCAUCAACUCUCAGAGUCAGGGCAGCAAAGCUUCCUGCAGGAGUCCAAGUACCAAGGGUGCAGCCCAAGCUCAGCGAGCCGUUCCUGGGGUUCACCAAUACUGCAGAGGUCUGGAACUCCAGAGCCUGUAUGAUGGGUCUUAUUGGGACCUUCAUCGUUGAGUUGAUUCUGAACAAAGGUGUUCUUGAGAUAAUUGGUUUUGAAGUGGGGAAAGGCCUUGAUAUCCCUCUCUAGUGGUUCUCCCUGACUGCCUCUGUGCUGUUGAUGUUCAGAGAUAAGAAAGUGCAUGUGUGCACCGUUUUUUCACCAAAAACAUGGCUGGAUCCAUCGGUGGCAAUGCUAUGUACUGAGUAUAUACAUCAUAAAUUAUUAACACUCCAUCGUGCUUGCUAUUUUGCUUUUUUUUUUCUCUCUCUCUCUUCUCUAUGGCAAUUAGCAAAAAGGUUUUCGUUUGCUCAA